AUGUUUCGAGUUUUACUAUUAUGUAUUGUUCAUGCUGUCGUUUGUCACACUGCGAAACGGCAAUAUUUAAUUGUUACUGACUUUUUUACUGGAAUCAAAGCACACGAAUAUUCGGUCUACUAUCCAACUAGCAAAAUUCUCCAAUAUAGGAUUGAAUCGAAAUACCAUAUUCUGCAAUCACUGGAAUUAGUUAGUUAUCCAACAAAAACAAUUAUUGGGAAACUUAAAUCUAAAAUAAAAAUGAUCCUUUACGAAGCAGAUUUCGACAUUUAUGAUAAUCGGACUCGGCAAUGGUUAAAAGGCACCGUCAAACAAGGUUGGAGCUUAUUUAGACAUAAUUGGACGAUCGAAUUCAACGGUCGUUCAUUAUUGAUGGAAACUGAAUCACUUUCAUUUGAUACAAAUAUUUUUGACCAACAAAAUAAUCGUGCACUAUUAGCUAAAUUUCGUUUGAGACCACAUUCACUUAUGUGGGUUAGCAAGUACGAUCUGGAGAUUUAUUCAAAUGAGAUACCAGAUAGUGUCUAUCUACUGAGCAUAGCUGCGCGAGAUCGUGCUUUGCGACCUAGACGAAAAGGUUAA